AUGACAUCAGAAAAGCGCGCCGAAGUAACUUUUGCUGUGUAAUUUCUUAUCUCAGCAGUGUGUUCAUUCAAAGCGCAUUUAGAUCCUCUUUUUGCUUUCUUUCAUCUUACAAGAUGGAAUAUUUAAUUGGAAUUAGGGGCCAAGAUUUUGUCUUGGUUGCAUCAGACAACGUUGCCGCCAGUAGUAUCAUCCAGAUGAAACAUGAUUAUGACAAGAUGUUCAAACUGAGUGAGAAGAUCUUGUUGCUGUGUGUCGGUGAGGCUGGUGAUACAGUCCAGUUCGCAGAGUAUAUUCAGAAGAAUGUUCAGCUCUACAAAAUGCGAAAUGGGUAUGAACUCAGUCCAGAAGCUGCAGCAAAUUUCACCAGGAAGAACCUCGCAGACUACCUGCGUAGUAGGACUCCUUACCACGUGAACCUGCUGUUGGCUGGGUAUGAUGACACUGAAGGGCCUGCGCUGUACUAUAUGGACUACUUAGGGGCACUGGUCAAAGCACCCUUUGCUGCACAUGGAUAUGGAGCUUUCCUCACCCUCUCCAUCCUGGACAGAUACUACAAGCCAGGUCUGACGAGUGACGAAGCUGUCGAUCUCCUUAAGAGGUGUAUAGAAGAGCUAAACAAGCGCUUCAUCCUCAACUUGCCCUCUUUCACUGUCCGUCUGAUUGACAAGAACGGAAUUCAAGACAUGAAGAUGCCUCUGCUGGAUGCAAAGUGAUCAGUCACUGCUGCACCGCCAUACAGCCCCAUUUUUGUACUUCAGAUCUGAUUCUUGGUCAAUAAAACAUUAAUACUGUUAUGA